AAAGUUUCUAUGCAGGGGUGCGUAGACAUGAUAUAGUGGUGGUGGUGAAAUAUUUUGCUUAAAAUUUUAAUAAUGGCUUCUCUGCAACAAAUAAAACACAAUUUAAUAAAAAAUUAAGAGAAAACAGUGAUAAUGUGUGAGAAAGUUGGUUUUAAAUUUCUCUUUUUAAAAAUGUGUGUACUUUAAAUUUGUUUACUUUGUGGUACUUAUUAUAAUCGAUACAGGAUUCGGAGGUGACGCUAUCCUAACCUAACUUUAGUUUGUAAACAUAAAAAAUGAGACAUCUUGAACAAGAAGUUUCAAGCUCGGAUCAGAGUAAAUCCGAAUAUUUGGAUGACUUUCUCGAGAUUAAGGAAGAAAUUCCAAAAUUAGUUUUAGAGGAAUGUGAAAAUUUUAUGAAGAAUGAUUUUACAAGUGAUGAGGAAAGUGGUAGUAAUUUAAAUUUAGAUUUGAACAAUGAUAGUGAGAGUGAUGAGGAUGACACAACACCUAAAAAACGACGAAAUCGGCGAAAAUCAUUGGUACCACAAAAAGCAGUACAAUUGGAAGUUAGCCAAAAUGGUUCAAUGUUUAGUGGUUCUGAAUCAUCUCAGGAUUUAAUAGAAAAGACACCAAAUCUUUGUCCUUCAGAAACUAACAUUGAUAAAUUUUUUCUAACAAAUAAUUUAAAUGCCUUAGAAAUGCCAGAUAAUGAUGAUUUAUUAAACAUAAAUGAGGAAGACAUUUUCAAAGAUUUGCAAGAGGAAGCUGAUGGCGAGAAAUUAGAUGAUGAGAUUUUGGAUAAUGUAAAGGAGGAAUGGAGGGCUCAUUGGGGAGUCAAAUGUAAUAUGUGUGAACAAGUUUUUCCUUAUAAAACUGAAUUUGAUAAACAUUACCAAGACAAUUAUGGAUUAGUUCCAGUUUAUACCUGCACUUUUUGCAAUAAGACUGCUGAAAAAUAUUCCACUUUUAGAUCACAUUGUUACAGGCAUAUAACAGAAGGCCGUUACAAGUGUCAGGAAUGUCCUAAAGGUUUUAGUUUACAAAGCAUGUUACACGUUCAUGUCUUAGCCAAACACACAAAAGCUAAACCUUUUAUGUGUGAUGAAUGUGGUAAGAGCUUUGUGACUAAACCAGGACUAAAAAUUCAUCUCAGAAAACACAAGACUGAACUUAAGGAGGAUUACCCUUGUGUGGAGUGUGGUAAAAUAUUACACACACGAGGUGGUUUGACCUCUCACAUGAACGUCCACCGGCUAGGCCGCCGGUUCAUGUGUGACGUUUGCGGUAAAACUUUCACCCAAAAAGUAAACAUGCAACAACACGUCAAACAACACACAGGCGACAAGCCCCACGGUUGUGAUAAAUGUGGCAAGACUUUUGCAGAAAAGUCACACUUGGCCCGCCAUUACAGUUUUCAUAGCGAUCAACGGCCGUUUAAGUGUGAAGUGUGCCAAAAAAUGUACAAGACUGAACGUUGUUUAAAAGUCCAUAGUUUAGUUCAUGCCGCAGCGAGACCUUUCGUUUGUAGCUAUUGCAGUAAAGGGUUUUUGAGUAGUACUAAAUUGAAGCAACAUUUUAACAUUCAUACAGGUGAGCGGCCUUACAAAUGUAAAUAUUGCGAACGUACAUUUACGAAUUAUCCAAAUUGGUUGAAACACACACGAAGACGUCAUAAAGUGGAUCACAAGACUGGUGAAAAUUUGGGACCUAAAGUACCUAAGGAAGAAACAUCACAAUCGACUGUGAUCGAAACUGCUGAUACGUCAGAUCAGUUAGUAGCGGAUAUUUCGCUUAGUAAAACAGAAGAGCUUCUCCUUCAACAGGGACUUUUGAAUUUUCCACUUACAGAUGAUAAGUUUGUCAUUCCGCAACAAAUCGAUUUUUUAGCUGGUACUAGUAAUAACUCAGUGGGGGUUAUCGUUCCUUACUUCCAAACAUCACUACCAAAUCAUCAAACAUUAAUUCAAGGCACUAAUAACGUAAUGACGAUGCAAUUCAGUGAUUUGGUUCAUUCUCAAUAUUUACAACAACCGCUGAUUUAAUUUCCGCAAAAACAAUGAAGCGCAGGAUGGUUUUAUUUUAGCACUCUUUACUAUUUUUUAUUGGCAGCUUUUUAAUAUUUUUUCACAUUAUACAGGGUUAUUAACUUAUUAUGUAACCUAAAAAUCAAUUUAUCUUAAAAUUUAUGCAAUUUUUAUUUUGGUUUUCGGUCAAUUUAUAUAUAUUUAGUUGUGGACCAUCCUUGUCACUAUGCAUUAAUAACUCUAUAUGUAAAAAGUAUUUUUUGUUACAUUUUAUUGUGAGUAUACGCAAAAUUUACAAAUUUUUACAAUAUUUAAAAUAAAAUACUUUUAGUGAUUUAGGGUGUUCAGAAUCAUUCACUGCGUAUUGUUUUAAAACACCCUGUAUUUGCAUUAUGUGUCAACAUUCCACAUAGUUAUCAAUUUGCAACAAUGUGUAUGGUUCUAGACUUAAAUUAUAGUAUUAAACUGAGUAUUCUUAAAUAAGUAUUCGUUAUAUUUUGUAUUUUUAUACUUGAGAACGUGUCGUAAAUGCUGUAAGACUUAAAUUUAUUUUAAAUGUUUUUAAUUGUAUGUAACUGUAUUCACCUAAAACAGGCAAUAAAAUGUGAUACAAAAU